CCCCUCCUCCUUCUCCUUCCUGUACACAACAAAGCUGUCUGCUUUGGCCUUUGCGCCUCUAAACUGGUUUUAAUAGGCUUGUAUCUAGAUAGAAGUCUACUGACUGCACCCAUGCUUCAUACAAUCCUCUCCACUCACUUCAGUCAUUCCGAAGUUUUGAAACCAAUCAUGGCGACCAAAAUGUAUAAAAACUUGGGAUUCAUUUUGGUUAUGUUAUUGUCAAUGUUUAUGUCGCCGGUGUUUUGCACAGCAGAAGACAACGAGAUAACACAAUACAACGAUCGUCCGAUUGUGGGUAUACUUUCUCAAGAACUGCCACCAAAUGGCAUUCCACCAGAAUGGAAGAAAUACAAAAGUUUUAUUCCUGCGUCUUAUGUCAAAUACAUGGAAAGUGCUGGCGCACGAGUAGUUCCUAUUUGGAUCAACAAAACACGAUCAUACUACGAAAAUAUAAUGAGCCAAGUUAAUGGUGUCCUGUUUCCUGGAGGCAGUACAAACUUUAGUGACAGGUAUCGCUUUGCUGAUGCUGGAGCUAUGAUUUAUGAUAUAGCUAAAGGUUUCAAUGAAAAAGGCGAAUAUUUUCCCUUGUGGGGUACUUGUCAAGGAUUUGAACUACUUGCCUAUCUGGGGGCUAAUCGAACUAAUCCUUUGACAAACUGCAAUUCUUCGAAUGUAAAUCUUCAUCUUGAUUUCUUGCCAGAUUAUGGCAUAAGCAAGAUGUAUGCAAUGGCUCCAAAAGAAAUUAUACAAAUUUUGUCUUCCGAAGAAGUUACUGUCAACUAUCACCGGUUUUGUCUAACUCAAGAGAACGUAACUCGUUACAUGGGAGAUAUUAAUUGGCGUUUAAUAAGCCUUAAUAAAGAUGCUAAUGGAUUGAAGUUUGUAUCUAGUAUGGAGUCAAGAAAAUAUCCCUUUUAUGGUGUUCAGUUCCACCCAGAAAAGUCAAUAUUUGAGUGGUCUCCAAGGCAAAAAACAGCCCACAAUUUUAAUGCUGUUACUGCAGCACAAUACUUUGCAAACUUCUUUGUAAAUGAAGCCCGUAGGAGUCACCAUUCCUUUUGGUCGUCAGAAAAAGAGAAGAACUCCCUCAUCUACAAUUUCACUCCACUUUAUACUGGUAAAGAGGAAAAAUAUUUCAGUGAGCAGUUGUACCUUUUCGAAUGGUAGGUAAUCCGAUCAGCUUUCAAGUUUAGGACACGGUGGUUUAGAAAUUUCUGUCAGAACAUCGUGUAAUAAUUGUCUGUGAUGUUAUUUUUUAAUAAUAAAUACGAUGCCAAACUUUGAUAACGAAAGAAA